ACGAUAUUAAUGUUCUGUGGUGUCUAUCUAUACCUAUUAUUUAUUGCGUUUGUUGUUGGUUUCGUCAUUGUAAAUUAAAUUAGAAAGCAAUUUAACUAAUCUGAAAAAACGGGGUGAUAUAUGUUCUAUAAUGGUAGAAUUAAGUUAACGUUACGACGUACAAUUAUAAAAUUUGAUUAUUGGAAAAGUGAAUAAUACAGAUAUGUAUCACUAGCAAAGUGCGCGAAGGCUUUAGCUUUCGUAACAGCCCUGCUGGAUAAUAGAAACUAAGAAAAUGUAUGGAAUUAACGGAACAGAUUAUCCGCCUGUUACAGAGGACACCUUUUGUAAAUACGUUUUGUACUAUGAAAUAAAUAAUUCGAGGGUCCGUAUAUGGGAUUUGAUAAUUUUGAUACCAAAUGCAUUAUUUGUGCUAUUCUUAAUAGUAAGAUUUAAUAAGGCUCAGUUGAAGUUGCGUGCAACCAGCAGUCCCAUAUUUUUGACGUUUUAUGCAUUGGUUUGGGGAAACGUGAUCGUUAGCUUAGUGAGAUGUGCUGUGUCUAUGACAGUGAAUGCAGCUAUGCCACUUGGCGGGCUGGUGGAUAAAGUGUUAUGGGUCACAGUGAGAUUCUUUCUAUUGGCUACAGAGAUGAGUGUUGUGAUAUUUGGUUUGGCUUUUGGUCACCUGGAUAGCCGCAGCAGUAUCAGAUAUGUGCUCCUAGCUACAUCACUUAUAUCACUGGCAUUCACUAUAACACAAGGCACAUUGGAAAUUGUGAUGCCUGAUGAUAUGUUCCAUAUUGACACAAGGGAUUAUAAUCUGUUUGGACAUGGCGGAAUGCUGUUCUGGUUCACAUCAUCACUGGUGUUUGCUUUCAUCUAUUUCCUAAUAUUGCUACUGCCUUGGAUUCCAUUGAGAGAUUAUUUGGCUUUACCUACUAAACUAUCUUUCUACUUGUAUGUGCUACUGCUUGCACUCCUUGACACAACUCAAGCAGUCGGCGCAGGGCUCCUGGCAUGGGGCUCCAUGCAAUCAGGGCUGUGUGUGGUAGAUGUGACCACUUGGCUAUAUUUUUCAUUAUAUACGCCACUUGUAUACCACACAUUCCUCAGCGAGUUCUUCAGUGUUUCACAGCCAAGUAUAAUGUUCUCAUACAAGGCUCAAAUGGACGAGCCCAUGGAUGACGAUCAAGUGUCUCUGCCACAUCAGCAGAGUUUUAGCUCACUCAAGACGGAUUCUGACUACAUUUACCAGGUUAUUUCCCAGCAGAGUAAUAGCGUGUAUGACAGUACGCUUUUUGAAGCGGAAGGUACAACUCCAAUGAACCCAGUGUACAGCGCGUCUCUCCAAAGCCCCGAUUCAAUAGCAUCAGGCCAAUCCAUAGAAAUAGGAGCACCAGGCUUUCAAAGCCAAAACAUGCUAUCGACCUAACAAUGGAAUAGAUAGUAAGAAUAAACAUCCAAAGAAAAACAUUUUAGAACUACAUACUAUUAAUAGAGUAUACUAAAAAGCGUUAGUGCUACCUACUUAAUGUAUCAGGUAUUGGUUACGAGUUACAACUACUUAGAAUCUCUAUACAACAUAUUUUAAGUUCUUCAUCUAUU